GUCCAUUUGAAGCGCAGUUGAUUGGGCAGCUUUUUUGACGCUUCUCCCUUUAUUUUAUAUUUCUUUUUUUUACGCCAUGUUAUUGAAAACAGCAGCACUAUGCGCAGGGUUCUUACUGACAAGUAUUCAAGCUGUGUCUGUUGAAUUAAGACCAGAUAACAUUAAAGAGAUUACUAGCUCUGGGCAAUGGCUAAUUGAGCAUUUCUCACCUUGGUGUCCUCACUGUCAACAUUUUGCACCUACUUGGAAACAGCUUUCAGAGGAUUUUGGUCAACUUGCUACAACAAACAACUUUCAUUUCGGUACAAUCAAUUGUGCUGUCCAAGGCGAUUUAUGUAAUAAACACAAUGUUCAUUCUAUUCCCAACAUUCAGCUUUGGGAGAAUGGUGAAUAUGUUGAGACAUUUUCAGAAUCAAGAGAAUAUGCAGCAUUGGCUGAGUAUAUUAAAGACAAGGCAAAUGCAUACUCCGAGGCAGAUAGCCUGAAGGAGGAUGACGAAGAAGAACUGACAGAUGAAGAGGAGGAUGUUUCUAAACCAGAUGAAGAAGAAGAAGAAGAAGAAGAAGAAGGAGAAGAAGAGGAGGAGGAGGAGGAGGAAGGAGAAGAAGAGGAAGAAGAGGAAGGGGAAGAGGAACCUGCAUUGGAAGAGGAGGAAGAAGUAGAGGAAGAAGAACCCCAAAAGGAACAAAUCGAUCAUUCAGAUACAAAAUCAGUAUUGCCAAAUCCACAAGGAAUCUCUGUAGACUUGGAUGAGCAACGAUUAAGAGAAGUGACAUCAAAGAAAUCAGAUGCUUGGCUUAUCAAGUUUUAUGCUCCUUGGUGUGGUCACUGUCAACGCUUGGCUCCAACAUGGGUCGAAUUAGCCAAGCAACUUCGUAAUGAGGUGAAUAUUGGUGAAGUGAACUGUGAACAACAUCCAGCUGCAUGUUCUGAGCAUGGAGUAUCAGGAUACCCUACGAUCAAGAUGUAUCACCAUGGAGAACCAACCGCUUAUAAUGAUGAUCGUUCCCUCGUUAGUCUUAUCAGAUUUGCAAAAGAGUACUCUGGUUCCCCUGUGAAGCAAGUAGACAAAACAAACGUUGUAGAUGCCAUCCAUACUAGCGAUGUUUCUGUAUUCUACUUAUCUGAAGAUAAACAAGUACCGGAAAUAUUUGAAGUGGCCGCAAAAACAUACAUGAACACUGUGUCAUUUUAUGCAAGUCAGGAUUCAACACUCAUAGGACAACAAUUCAGCCUUCCAGCAGUUGUGAUGGUGAAAGAUGGCAAGCCAAAGAUGUAUCAUUCACAUGAUUUUACAAAUACGGAAAGCAAUCAGAGAGCACUGCUUGAAUGGAUUGAUAAAGAGCAAUACCCCUUAGUGGCUAAACUGUCACCUAGCAACUACCAAUCGAUAUUAGACGGGGAUAGAACAGUUGUGAUGAACGUGGUUGAUCGUCCAGAUUUGACAGAUGAGACAAAGUUCCGUAAUGUAGCCAUUGCAUGGGAUCGAGCACAAUCAAACAAGGCACCUAUUUUUGUACAAGUGGACAAGACAGUGUGGGGAGAGUAUCUUGAUAGCACACUCAAUAUUCAAGUGGAAAGGACGCCCAAGGUUAUUAUUUAUAAUGCAGCUACCUAUGAGUACUUUGAUAAAGAUUUACAAAGAAGCGAAUUAUCCAGUAGUAAUCCUGAAGGCAUCUAUUUAGUCUUGGAGAACUUGGACAAGCUACGGGGAAGUCCAGCAGGAGGUUUACAUCAGAGAGCAUAUAAAUCUGUUCGAAGUGGAGUUCAGACAGUGAAAUCACAUUGGUUGAUAAGCAUGAUGUUGCUUACACUUAUCGGUGGCUACCUCUACCGACGUUCAACCUAUUAUAGACCAAAGAAGACAUAUAUAUUACCAUCACAUAAAGACUAAAUAAAGCGUUCUC